AUGCCGACAGAGCCGCCGCAAGAGCCGCGGCAGGAGACUCCGCAAGAGACUCCGAGAGAGGAGACGCCACCCGACAGUGACGGGGGUUCCAACUCCAGCUCCACCCGGGACAAGUUGAAAUCCCUCUGGCAAGAGGGACUGUCAAGGGGAAAGGUCGAACUCGUCAAGGGAAAGUCAAAGGUGGAGAAGUCGAUAGAGGAGGCUCUCGGACUAGGUCACAAGCCGAACGUCGUGCCUCCCGGCGAGCCAAAUAUCCGCGGUGAGCACCGAACGGUCGAGAUCGGCUGGCAUCCCGUCGCAGGGGGAGCGGGUAAAUGGUUCGCCGAACAGACUGGUCUGGGCAAGUUGAUCACCGAAAAGAUCAACAAGUACCCUGACCCGACCCAGCACUGGGCUGUGCUUGUCGGUGGUUAUUCUCACGAACUUUGGAUGGAUGAGCGUUUGGACGUCAUCUACAUAAAUGGAGUUGUCAAUCGAGAAGAGUGGCGCACGUUCGAGGUUGGGAAGACCAGGUUUAACGACGAAGCCCUCAGGCAGGUUGGCGAGAUGGUCAUCUACAAUAUGAGGCGUAUAAAGGCCGCAUACAAUUUGAUCAGUAACAAUUGCCAAAAUUUCGCCGUGGCUAUGCUCGACGCCAUUCAUGUCGGCGCACACAGGCAAUUCGCCACAACCUUUGCCAUCUAUCAGACUGCAACAGGUUCGGGAUCAAUCAAGGAUCUUUUUGCUGAUGAGCCACCCGAGGAUGAGGAGGAAGAAGGUCUAGAGGGUCAGCCGUCCUAG